AUGCUACUAUAAAUUAAAAAGGAUUAAUAUGAUUUUUACCUUUUUAAUCUUGUAAAUCUAUCAAAUAUUAAAUAAUUGAUAAAAGACCUGCUGAAGAAUAAUUAAUUAUUGAUAGUUAUACAAAUAAUCAAAUUGAACAUAUAUUCUAUGGAUGGUCUAAUGAAUAUUAUUCAAAAGGCUGAUUAAUGUAAUUAAUAAUAAUAUUUAAAAAGAUGGUAUAAAAUUUCCAGAUAGUGCUUGUGAGAAAGAUAAAGCAUUAAUAAUAAUGUAUUAUAUAUUUAUUGAUUAUUUGUGGUUUGAAAACUUUUGA